AUGCAGCACGAGACCAAAAAAGCUGAUUACCGAGUGCGGUUACCAAUGACAGCUGCUUGCUAACUAAAGUCAUGGCGUUGUUUAAACAGUGUUGCUGUUUGACGGGUCGGUUUUCCACAAACCGGCUGGGGUUGAGUCCCAGAUACAUCCCACGUGUUUACACCAGCGGUGUGACAAGUGCGGCCCAGUGCUCUCCGGAUCGGAAAAACAAGAAGGAGUUCCUGGGAGAAGAUGGGCCCGACCUGCAGGACUUCAUAUCAGGAGAUCUGUCUGAGAAAAGCAAGUGGGUUGAAUACAGAGGCAACCUGAAGAGACAGAAAGGAGAAAGGCUGAGACUUCCUCCAUGGCUGAAGACCGAGAUCCCCAUAGGGAAGAACUACAACCGGCUGAAGAACACCCUAAGAGACCUGAACCUGCACACGGUGUGUGAGGAGGCCAGGUGUCCGAACAUUGGGGAGUGUUGGGGAGGUGGAGAGUAUGCUACAGCUACAGCCACCAUCAUGUUGAUGGGUGACACGUGCACCCGUGGGUGUCGGUUCUGCUCAGUGAAGACGGCUCGCCAGCCGCCUCCUCUGGACCCAGAUGAACCGUACAACACAGCCAAGGCCAUCGCUGCCUGGGGGCUGGACUACGUGGUUCUGACGUCUGUGGACAGAGACGAUAUUUCUGAUGGAGGAGCUGAACACUUUGCUAAGACUGUAGCUAACCUGAAAGAAAGAAACUCCCACAUCCUCGUUGAAUGUCUGACCCCUGACUUCCGCGGUGACCUGGCCGCGGUGGAGAAAAUCGCCCUAUCAGGGCUGGACGUGUACGCUCACAACGUGGAGACGGUGCGUGAGCUGCAAAGGUAUGUUCGUGACCCCAGGGCAAACUUCGACCAGUCUCUGAGCAUCCUCAGACACGCUAAAAGGGUCAAACCCAACGUGCUCACCAAGACAUCCAUCAUGUUAGGACUGGGAGAGUCCAACCAACAGAUACUCAACACUCUGACUGAGCUGCGGGAGGCGGGAGUCGACUGUCUGACCCUGGGUCAGUACAUGCAGCCCACGAAGCGCCACCUGAAGGUGGAGGAAUAUGUGACUCCUGAAAGGUUUGCCCACUGGGAGAAAGUAGGGCGUGAGAUGGGUUUCGUCUACACAGCCAGUGGGCCGUUGGUCCGAUCCUCCUACAAAGCAGGUGAAUUCUUCCUGAAGAAUCUACUGCAGAAGAGAAAAUCUGAAGUCACUGCAGCAGAAUAAGCAGCAGCUCAUUUAUCUGACCUCUAAUCUGUCUAGUAGAUGAAAACUACAUUCAUAUCAGUUUAGGAACACUUAGUUUCCAGCUGUGGCUGCAGGAUGAAAGGAAACAAGCAGAAGUCACCCUUAAAUCUGCGAGUCCAACUUCAGUACUACUUGCUGUCAUUUUCCACCAGAAUCCCUCCAGAGCUCCUGAAUCCCACCUGGACUGGAGGCUGCUAGUCAGCGACGAUUUAGGACAGAAGUUUUCUUCUCUAAAGGACGGGCUUUUCAUUUUGUACUGUUAAAUCUCUAAGAUGUAUAUUUGUAUUUAAACAUUAAAAGUCUUCACCUGUA